GUCUCUUUCUCACGAAGGGCACUUGAUAAAAAGGCCAAAACGAAGAACGGAGAAUAGGGAAACAUGGAAAUCAACGAUCACGCCUACACGAGCACCACUUUUAAUACGUUCAGCCCCGCGGAGUUCUCAUAUAAAAUGAGUGCAAAAGAAGUCGAAGACUUUGUGAAGCUGAGGGUUUCAAAUACUUAUCUCUUCUCAGGGAGGAGAAACACUUCCAUGUGGGCAUGGAGAGCCAUCCUGAAACAAAUGGGCUUGCAGCACAAGAUGACCCAUUGUCAAGCAUCCAAAAAAUGGGAAAACAUGAAGAAGAGAUACAAGGGGCUGAAGAACCCGUCAGACGGAAUGAAAGUGUUCCCUGACGCGUGGCCUUAUUUCAACCUGAUGGACGAUGCCAUGGAGGGUCGGCUGGAAGGCAACGCCCCCAUCCUCAAGGCCUUCCCCACCAACGGCGAUUUUCUACCCAUCUCCAAACACAAGAAGAGGAAGGUAUCCAUGGCGACUCACUCCCCUCCGCUUUUGUUAGCAGGCGGACCGGAGAUCGAGGUUCUCCUGAACGGAGAUGAGGACGAGGAAGUGGCGGAGGAGGCAAACCGGGAAAUAGAUCGCGCCAUGCAAGAAAUGGAGCAUGGGAGGGACAUGUUGGACGGCGAAAAACAGGUGAUGGAGAGGGAGAAGCAGGUGGUCGAGAGAGAGCGGCAGGUGCUGCAGAGGGAAAGAGCGUCGCUGGACAGGGAUGUCGCCGCUCUGGACCGAGACAGAGCCUCGCUGGAGAGGGAGAGGGCGACGAUGGAGAGGGAGAAGACGGUGAUGGAGAGGGAGAGGGCGCUGGUGGAGAAGGACAGAGAUGUCGUGAGCAGGGACCGGCUGGCUCUGGAGCGAGAGAAAGCCCAGCCGGACAGACUUGCCACGACCAGUGAACGGACUGAGGAGGUCACGGAGGACGGCGGCGGUGAAAAAGACUCGGUCGUCACGGACAGGAAGGAGCAGUUCCUCAACUUGUUUGAGAAACUCAUUGAAAACUUUUGAUUUCCUGGGGUUUGUUGGGCACGCGACGUCACCCGAAGGAACUUAUUUUGUCAUUUGUCCACCUUGGCUGCAUCGAUCCAAAAUGCACAGAUUACAAGGCGUCAAUGAAAACUUUGAGCCACUCCGAGUUUGGAGAGGUCUUAACAAUUUUAUUCACUUGUGGUUAUUCCAUACAAGAGCACACAAUAGCAAGAUAUUAUCAUUAUUCUUAAAGCCAUCCACAAUCAAAAUCAACAGCACCCCCCACCCCGCUCCUAAAUCAAACAAGUCUUUUUUUGAUGGACUCUAGACAUCAGAGUCUUUGGUUUCGGCUACUGUGCACGGUUAAAACAUCACUUUUUGAAAUGUAGUAUACCAAAUAUUGCAGUUCAUGUAAAAAAAAUAUUUUUUUCAGAAUAUUUAUUUUUAUAUUACAGUGCAGACUUUACAACAAAUUACUGUGUUUAAAUGCUUCUUUUAUUGCAUUAGAUAAUCAAUUUAUCGUCCAUUGAGCUCCAGCUUCCAUGAGUUUAUGCUUGUAUACAUUUCCAAAAGUGUUACGAUUUAUCAUUAAUAUUAAUAUCUUUUAUUUUGUACAUUGAAACAAUAUUACUGGUUGUAUUUAAAAAAAAAUUGCCAGACAUGAACAGACACCAAACAGACACAUACAUGGCAUUUGAGGAUUUAUAUAAUAAACUGAUUUCUCCGAAUGCCA